AUGGGUGCAAAUAUGGGCAAGAACUCGAGCCUGCUCGACGCGCUGCCUUCCACGCAGGGAACGCUCCACGUCGUCAUGCUAGGACUGGACUCGGCGGGUAAAACGACUGCACUAUACAGACUCAAGUUCGACCAGUACCUCAACACCGUCCCCACGAUAGGCUUUAACUGCGAAAAAGUGAAAGGCACAAUCGGUAAAUCUAAAGGUGUUAAUUUUCUCGUUUGGGAUGUCGGCGGUCAAGAAAAACUCCGGCCUCUAUGGAAAUCAUACACACGAUGCACGGAUGGCAUAAUAUUUGUUCUCGAUUCAGUUGACGUUGAGAGAAUGGAAGAGGCUAAAAUGGAGUUAAUACGUACAGCAAAGUCACCGGAUAACACAGGGGUGCCUAUAUUGGUGCUGGCUAAUAAACAAGAUUUGCCUGGUGCAAAGGAACCAAGGGAACUAGAAAAGCUAUUGGGAUUGCAUGAACUCGUAUCUUCUCCACAUGGAUCACGAGAUGCUCACUCAUGGCACGUGCAACCGGCCUGCGCUAUCACUGGAGAAGGACUGCAUGAAGGCCUCGAAGCUCUUCAUGAAAUGAUAUUGAAAAGAAGAAAAUUGGCGAAGUUGCAAAAGAAGAGAGUGAGAUAA